GCCACCUUGUAGGGGAGGGGGCGUGGCCUGACGUCCAACGACUCGCCAUUUUCCUCCUGUUGUUGUUAGCUUACCGCUCAGCGGUAAAACAAAGUCACGUUUUUUAAAACGUAUUAUUAUUGUGACUAGCUUUACGCUACUCUUCUCUCGUCAUCAUGGACGAGGAGUAUUACAGCGGCGCACGAGACUGGGAAGGCACGGGGGAAGGUCCCACGGAUUAUGUGGAAGGAGAAAAUGAUGGGAAAAUCCAGGAAGAGUGCCUUCAGAAGUUCUCCAGCAGGGAUUACAUCAUGGAGCCUGCUAUCUUCAACACCCUUAAAACCUAUUUCCAAUUGGGAGGCUCUCCAGAACACGUCAUUCAGCUUCUCUCUGAAAACUACUCUGCUGUGGCUCAGACCGUUAAUCUGCUGGCUGAGUGGCUCAUCCAGAUGGGUGUGGAGCCUGCUCAGGUCCAAGAACGAGUAGAAAAUCACCUCAAAAGUCUCCUGAUAAAACACUUUGACCCCCAAAAGGCUGAUUCCAUUUUCACCGUUGAGGGAGAGACCCCUGCCUGGCUCGAGCAGAUGAUCGCACACACUACGUGGAGAGAUCUUUUCUAUAAGCUGGCAGAGGCUCACCCGGACUGCCUGAUGCUUAACUUCACUGUGAAGCUCAUUUCAGACGCAGGGUAUCAGGGGGAGAUCACCAGUGUGUCCACAGCGUGCCAGCAGCUGGAGGUUUUCUCCCGGGUGUUGAGGACAUCCUUGGCCACUCUGCUGGAUGGAGGAGAAGAAAACCUGGAGAAAAACCUGCCAGAAUUUGCUAAGAUGGUGUGCCACGGCGAGCACACCUACCUCUUUGCCCAAGCGAUGAUGUCCAUCCUCUCUCAGGAGGAACAGGGUGGUUCGGCGGUUCGGAGGAUCGGCCAGGAGGUGCAGAAGUCAGCGCAUGAGAGGGGGCACGAUGCCAGUCAGAUAACCCUUGCGCUGGGCACAGCAGCAGCCUACCCCCGGGCCUGCCAGGCACUGGGUGCCAUGUUGUCUAAAGGAGCCCUAAAUCCUGCAGAUAUCACCGUUCUGUUCAAGAUGUUCAGCAGCAUGGACCCGCCUCCUGUGGAGCUGAUCAGAGUGCCUGCCUUUCUGGACUUGUUCAUGCAGUCACUGUUCAAGCCGGGGUCAAAGAUAAACCAGGACCAUAAGCACAAAUACAUUCACAUCUUGGCCUACGCAGCCAGUGUGGUUGAAACGUGGAAAAAGAACAAGCGAGUCAACAUCAAUAAGGAUGAGCUGAAGUCGACGUCCAAGGCCAUAGAGACUGUGCACAACCUGUGCUGCAACGAGAACAAAGGAGCCACCGAGCUGGUGGCUGAACUCGGCACGCUGUACCAGUGCAUCCGGUUUCCAGUGGUUGCUAUGGGGGUUUUGAAGUGGGUGGAUUGGACCGUGUCUGAGCCGCGGUACUUUCAGCUGCAGACAGACCACACUCCAGUGCAUUUAGCUUUGCUGGACGAGAUCUGUACAUGUCACCAGCUGCUGCACCCGCAGGUCCUCCAGCUGCUCAUCAAGCUCUUUGAGACGGAGCACUCUCAGCUGGAUGUCAUGGAGCAGCUGGAGUUGAAGAAGACACUGCUGGAUCGAAUGGUUCACUUGCUGAGCCGCGGCUACGUCCUUCCCGUCGUUGGUUACAUCCGCAAGUGUCUGGAGAAACUCAACACGGACAUCUCUCUCAUUAGAUAUUUUGUCACUGAGGUGCUGGAUGUGAUCGCACCGCCUUACACAUCUGACUUUGUUCAGCUCUUCUUGCCCAUUCUGGAGAACGACAGCAUCGCAGGAACAAUCCGCACAGAGGGAGAACACGACCCUGUGGCAGAGUUCAUCGCUCAUUGCAAGUCAAACUUCAUCAUGAUAAACUGACAGUGAAAUUUUUGGAGACACAAAAGAGAAAGAAGAUCUGUGAUCACCAAACGCUCGCCGUGAUCUUGAAGCGCAUCGCUCUGGAUGGACGGCUCAGUCCAGCCAAGUGAACACGUUGUUUCUAUUGAGGAGACAGUCAGCAGACAGACUGGUGGAAGAAAAAGCCUCUGAAGAUGCAGCUAAACGUUUUCUUAUUUUCACCUGUAUAUUUGAUUUUCUAUACUUCUUUGUUGGUUCAAGUGGUUUUUAAAUAAAAUUAUAUAUGUGUUUUCUCCCA